AUGGGUUUCUUUUCAUCGCUAUCGAGCCUUUUCGGUCUCGGCAAAAAGCAGGUCCAUGUCGUCGUUGUGGGUCUUGACAAUUCGGGAAAGACGACGAUAUUGAAUCAGCUGAAGACGCCGGAAACGCGCACGGCGCAAAUCGUACCGACCGUCGGAUUCAAUGUUUCGAAUGUGCAAACGGGCAAUUUGGUGAUUAACGCGUUCGAUAUGGCCGGACAAGCCAAAUACCGAUCGAUGUGGGAAAGCUACUAUUCGACGGCGCAAGGCAUCGUGUUCGUCGUCGACAGCUCCGACAAACUUCGAAUGCCUUUGGCAAGAGACGAGCUGUGGAUGAUAAUGGAUCACAAGGACAUUGCGCACAAACCGGUACCAAUUUUGGUGUUGGCGAAUAAAAUGGACGAGCCGGAAGCGAUGACGUCGGCGGAGAUAUCGGUAUCGUUGGGGCUUGAGGUUAUCCGAGGGCACCAUUGGACGAUUCAAUCCACAUGCGCGCUGAACGGCGUCGGACUUGACAAGGCGAUGCAAUGGCUGUCGAGCGAGAUUCUCAUCUACCUUGAAACGCGGAAAUAA